GACAUCAAACCACUGCCCAACGGGCACUUGAGUUUCCAGGACUGCUUUGUGACUUCCGGGGUCUGGAACGUAACAGAGCUGGUGAGAGUAUCACAGACUCCUGUUGCAACCGCAUCAGGGCCCAACUUCUCACUGGCAGAUCUGGAGAGCCCCAGUUACUACAACAUAAACCAAGUGACCCUGGGGCGGCGGUCCAUCACCUCCCCUCCUUCCACCAGCACCACCAAGCGCCCCAAGUCCAUCGAUGACAGCGAGAUGGAGAGCCCAGUUGAUGAUGUGUUCUACCCUGGGACAGGCCGCUCCCCAGCAGCUGGUAGCAGCCAGUCUAGUGGAUGGCCCAAUGAUGUGGAUGCAGGCCCUGCUUCUCUAAAGAAGUCAGGAAAACUGGACUUCUGCAGCGCCCUCUCCUCUCAGGGCGCCUCCCCACGCAUGGCUUUCACUCACCACCCGCUGCCUGUGCUUGCUGGAGUCAGACCAGGGAGCCCCCGGGCCACGGCAUCAGCCCUGCACUUCCCCUCCACGUCCAUCAUCCAGCAGUCGGGCCCGUAUUUCACACACCCAACCAUCCGCUACCACCACCACCACGGGCAGGACUCGCUGAAGGAGUUUGUGCAGUUCGUGUGCUCUGACGGCUCGGGUCAGGCCACCGGGCAGCCCAACGGUAGCGGCCAGGGCAAAGUCCCGGGGUCAUUUUUGCUACCGCCGCCGCCUCCAGUGGCCAGACCUGUGCCCCUUCCUAUGCCUGAUUCCAAAACCACCAGCACGGCCCCAGACGGCGCCGCCUUGACUCCUCCAUCACCUUCAUUCGCAACGACAGGCGCCUCCUCUGCCAACCGGUUUGUCAGCAUCGGACCCCGGGACGGCAACUUUCUGAACAUCCCACAGCAGUCUCAGUCCUGGUUCCUCUGAUUAAGAUCAACAAAGAAACAACAAAUUAAAAAAAA